CUUCCGUUCGAACUGCCUAAAAUGAAAUGAUUUGGCGUUAAGGGAGAUUCAGCUUCAUCUUCGAGUGGAAUUUCUGUCAGGGGUCGUGAGUUAAUAAUCAGCUCCACUUCACUCAACCUAGCCCGUAAUAGCUCAUCGGUGGGGUGAUGAGGAAGGUCAAAGGAGGCAAGCGUCUUUUUUAUUGAUUGGAUCAAUCUCUCCCAUGACCCACCAAAAUGCGGUGCUGCAGGUGGGUUAAAAACCCACUUUGUCCCGGGUUGCACAAACUCUGCCAUCAACCGGUCCACAUCAAUCAGUGCAGCAGCUUCCUUCAGUUCACGAGAUGCGCCUACAAAAUUGGUGCCUCUAUCACUAACGAACUCCAGUGGCAGUCCCUUUCUAGCGGUGAAAUUGCGGAUCGCGAAAAUACACGAGUCUGUAGAAAGACUAUGCGCAACCUCGAUGUGUAUUCCUCUGGUAGUGAGGCAGGUGAAAAUCACCCCCCAGCGUUUUUCGGUUCUUCUCCCGACUGCUACUAUCAUCGGUCCGAAGUAGUCGAUCCCGGUGGGCAGAUAUGGACGUUCAUAAAUGUAUUUCCGUCGUACCGGUUACAAUCUGAUGCGCUACUUGAGCAUGGCCCGUAAACUACCCAUCCAAGUCGGGUUUUUGAUGCUGACGGCUCGUUUGUCCCUCUUUCGACCGUUUUAAGGGUUUGGCUCAAGAAGCAAUUAUCAAUGCCAAUUAGGACCUUCGCCGAGGCAUUUUGAUAUAAUGGUAGUGGAAGACCUCUCAAAUGGCUAUACUGAGUGGCUAAUUGCCUCGGUUCUACUGAUUGAUCACAUAAGCCAAGGGUACGAACUGUAUGGACCGUGUUCAUGUCAUAUAUGAAAGAUGACCCAACGCCAGAUAUCUUAACAGAUAAUUCUACGGACUCGUCUUCAACCCUGCUUUGGUUACCGGUCCACGAUAUGCAUAAUGGACGAUGCUUGCCACUGAUGCCUAGCUGUCUCAGCAAGUCAUGUUCCAUAAACGUUGCUGACAAUCCGUCAUCUAAAAUAGCGAUAGUAUCAACCUUCUUCCCAUUCCCAUAUAACGUAACCGGCACAUACUUGAACAUAACUCCUCCGGAAGUAGCAGAAUGCACGUUACAGCUGGUGUUGACUCGACUCAAUUCUGGCGGGAUGUCUGAUAAUAGUUGGCUGCUACCGGACGAGUGUAACAACUGAUGAUGACGGCGUUCGCACCCAUUUACUCCGCACAACGUAGUUACUGGGCAUGCACCUGGGUGCUUGUGGAGGCACGUUCUACACAGUGACGCACGCUUUAUAGUUGUCCAACGCGAACUCACACUCAUGCCUAGGAACCUGCUGCAGUUGGACACGUUAGGACAUCCAUCCCCACACGCAGAGCAACGCCAAUUGUUGCCCUCAGUUGUAACUGGUUGUGAUGUUGUUACUGCUGUCUGACCUGUGGAAUGAAUGCACUGAUGAGCGUACUUACGGUCGUACUGACGUAUAUUAUUGUCAUGCUUCACCUCCCUACGACCGCUGGUAUGCUUUACACCUCGACUGGCUGCGCGUACAAGCUCCUUCACCCACUCGUUGAAAACUGCCAGCGUGGUAUGUG